ACAGCUGCCUAUAAAGUGCUUCCAGCAACGGACUCACCACCACCGGCUCCCUGUCCCUUUCCGCCCACAGCCAUGGUUUAUUCCAUGAGGGGCCUUGCACAAGUGAUACGCUCAACAAUAACCACAACAACAGCAACAAUAAUAACAACAAUAAUUCCGGCAAUAAUACCAUACGUAAUUCUACAACAUCGUUAAAUACUACAACAGUCAACACCACCACAAAUUGUGCUCUUAAUGGUAAUGACAUGAUAUCACCUGUAGUCAUGGCCAAAUUCUUAGAAGAUGAAUUAAAGGCUGGUGAAAUUAAACAUUGUGAUACUUGUCAGUGUUCCAAGGACCUAACAGUGUUGGCCGAUGUAUCACGCUCCUAUUCGGUGGCCACACAAACUCCAUUCGUUAUAAAUUCCAAUAGCAGUAAUGGUAAUCUCAAUGAUUCAAUGGCCCAGCUGUGUUUGAGAUGUUAUAGCAAUCUUAACUCACCCUCACGCACUAACAGUCCUUUCACUAAAAAUCUUCUUAAAUCUAGUGAUUCGGUAAUAUCGGAAACGAAAAGUUCAGUAUCGGAUCUUAAUGAAAUGGAUAAAUUAUUUACGCCUGCGAAAAAAGAUGAUUUAAUGGUUAAUCCCAUAUUGGGACAUCAUCGUUUGUGUGAGCGUACUUCUCUACUCAAAGGAGUCCAGGGUCAAGCUGGUCAAACGGCUAAAACUUCUUACAAUACAAUUUUAGACAAUAUGAGAACUUUGAAUGGAUAUCAAAGACGUUUUAUAGAUGGCGGAGGUACAGCUCUAGAAUUGUUGGAGGAACGUUCUAAACUUUUGAAUAACAAAAAACAUUCUUUGAAAAUGAUUACUCACGAAGAUAUAAACGGAAAUGAGGAUUUAGAAGAUGAGGAAAAACCUUUGUUGGGUUCUAAUUUGCUACAUUCUAAUCUUAUAGAUGAUGAGCUGGAGGAAAGGGAGUCCUUAAAGGUUAAGAGUAAAUUAAGAACAGAAAGUUCUUGUGAACUAGGAGUGUCAUCCAGGGAUCCUAUUAAAUCUCCCACAGCUAGUACUAAAAGUGCUUUAGAUCCCAAGGUAACAAAUGGACUGUUAAAAACACAGAUCUCUGGAAGUGUGAAUAGUGUCUGGAGUAAGACGAGCAGUUGUGAAGGUGCUAAAAUGUUUGAAAAUUUCAAUCGAAAUCUAAUAAAAACAAUAAAGGCUGAAAAUCAAUACCGAGGACCACGUCUCUGUGCCAUGCGUAUACAACAGAACGGACAAAGCAAUAUUUUACUAGACAAUAUAGAGUCAAUUGAGGCCAUUACUCCCGUCAUCUAUCGAAGGCGUGAACGUUUGCUAGAUGAAGAACUAGAUGACAGCAAGGAUAUUAUAACGUCCAAAACUACCAGGGAAAGCCAGCAGCCGGCAAUAGAAACCGCUAAGGAGGCCAUAGAAACCGAAACUACUGGAAUAGAAGAGCUGAAGGACACAGAUGCACCCGAAGCCAUAAAAGAACAACCACAAACCGAGUGUUUAAAUGUUUUAGCAGCGGCAAAUCCCAAUGAAGAAACAAUUUUAGUAUGUGGUGAUGAAAAGACUGAUAAUUUGUUAGAAAUUAAGAUGGAAGCGGUAAAACCCUGCUUACAAACCACACUACUACUAAUUACGAUAAUACAUCCAAGAUGUCAGGGACACAAUCAAGUUCCAUUAGUGAAAAUAUAGAUUUUCAGGAAACGGUUAUACUAAGAAGACAGCAAUUGAGUAGGGUGGCCGAAUGGGUGCAAAAUAAUACGCAACAAAUGGAAAUGGAACAGCAACAACAACAGCAGCAGCAACAACAUUUGAGUACAUUAAAUCACUGUGAUUCUUCGGUUACCGAUCAUCAAUCUUCAUUUCUACACUCGAUCAAUUGGAUUCGGUAUCAGUGGAAAAACUUUCUAUGGAUUCGGGUUAUAAGACCACACCACAACUACAGCCCAUAACGAAUUCUUCUCAAGAUGAAACUAUUAAAACCUCAGAUGAUUCUUUAUCACCCAAAUCUGACCUUAACAAUCAAAGUCCUUUGAAUUUUCCACCAAAUUCGAACUCUAAUACAACUCGCCUAAACAAGAGC